CUCCGACUGCCGACACCUCAAGCCGCGGAAAAUGGCCGGGACCGCAAGACGUGCUCUCCACGCCAGCUACCUUUAGUAGUGCCGACAUCCACAGUAGUUGUUGGCGUGCUUGGCCGCUAUCCGAUAGUCGAAGGAAAGCCUGUAGUACUUCAUGUAUCCAAUGGUAAGCUGGUCAGUAUUCUUCCUUUCAUAGCCACCUGCCAGGGACAUUGUAACGAUGUCGAUCGGAACCGGAGAUGACAGAGGACAUCAACGGCCGGUGACUGACACCGUGGCUGGAACGCCUGAAGACACCGAUAUCGUCGAGCCGAACGAGAAGGCCACUAGCAUACUGCCAGCGGCCACGAACAAGGCCAUCCAUGCCUCGCCUGACAUUGCCCACAAUACCGACCCGGAGAAAGGCGCCAGCUCAACCUCCGCCGUCCACCGCACAACCAGCCAAACCUCUCAACUCCCCCUUUCUAAAGCUCGCACAAUCGGACUAGUGAUCACCCUAACCGGCGCCGCCUUCCUAAACACUCUCUCCGUGCAAGCCGCCGUCAUCGUCCUCCCCACCAUCGGCCGCGACCUCUCCAUUCCCACCGCGCGCCAACAAUGGAUCGUAUCGGCCUACAGCCUCGCCUUCGGCUGCUUCCUGCUUCUCUGGGGCCGGCUCGCAGACGUCUACGGUAAACGGCUGAUUUUCAUUUGGGGUUCUGCUUGGGUCUGUCUUGUCACCCUUCUGUGUCCGUUCAUACCCAAUGAAAUUGGGUUUGAUGUCUUUCGCGGGCUGCAAGGUUUGGGUGCGGCGGCGAAUGUGCCGACCGCGAUUGGGAUCUUGGGCGUGACCUUCCCGCCAGGCACGGCGAGGAACUAUGCGUUUGCAACGUACUCCGCCGGAGCGCCUAUGGGCAGCGUUUUCGGCAACUUAUUGGGUGGACUCGUCGGGCAGUAUGCGAGUUGGAAAUGGAUCUUCUGGAUCCUGGCCAUCAUUGCGGCUGUUGUGACCGUCGCCGGACACUUUGUCAUCCCCCUCCCCGUGAUCCGACCUUCCGAAAGCGACGUCAAGAAUGCAGUAGACUGGAUCGGCGGAACAACCAUCACGGUGGCCCUCUUCGCGCUCAUGUUCGCUCUCACCGAAGGCAACGUCGUCGGCUGGGGCAAACCUUACAUCGGCGUCAUCAUCGCCAUCUCCAUCCUCCUCAUCGCGGCAUUCGUACUCUGGCAACUGCACCUCGAACUCCGAACCCUGCGUCGACCGUUGGUGAAACUCACCAUCUUCCGCAACGUGCGCGUCGCCGCCGCCAACUUCACCAUGAGCUUGUUCUUCGCCAGUUUCAACAACUACCUCAUCUUCACCACUUACUACUACCAGGACUACAAAGGCCGGAGCGCCAUCGAGACAACCGUCCGCUUCAUCCCGACCGGUGUUGUCGGUGUAAGCACCGUAUUCGUAACGUCGCAAAUCCUAGCCCGGGUGCCUAUCAACUACAUCCUUAUGUUCGGAACCUUUUGCGUCACAAUCUCCUCCCUGCUGUUUGCAGUGCCCAUACCGGAUAACGAGACAUACUGGGCCUACGGCUUCCCGGCCAUGUGUCUCUGCGUCUUCGGCGCGGACACUUUGUUCCCGUCACUGGUGCUGUUCAACUCGCACAAUCUACCGAAGGAAGAUCAGGCGCUCGGCGGCGCUAUAAUCAACGCGCUUGGGCAGGUGGGCCGAGCAAUUGGCCUAGCUAUCGCCACCGCGAUUCAAGUCGCCGUGCAGGAGAGGAGACAGAGUUCGCGCAAUGCGGCCGUGACUGGAGCGAGCAAUCUGGGCAACCCUGCGUUUCUGGCUGGGAUUCGGGCGGCGAAUUGGUUUAGUGUUGCGCUGGGUGUGGUCGCUGUCGUGACGGUUACGGUGGCUUUCCGGGGUGCGGGUAUCAUUGGGAAGGCGAAGAAGUGAGCCAGUCCGGAAUGGCUCGUCUUUUAGACCUCUAAUGUCCAAGUACGAUCCGAUGAAAGCGCGACAGCGACCAACAGCAACCCCAAGACUGAAGGGGUUCACGAUGCUUGCGAGCGCUCAAGUCCAUGGUUUUCUGCUGCCAUAUAUAAAUCUGCUCCUGCGGG